AUGACAACGACCACAGAACAAGUCCCGUCCUCCUCGGAGGAGCAGAAGCCCUCAACCGCCCGAUAUGCGGACCGCAUCGUGCUCACCACAUACCCCGGCCAAAGCGUCGUCGACCCCAUCCCGCUCACCUGGGGCGCUCAAAGUCCCGCAGAGCGUGGCCCCGUGCUCGUCUCCCGCAACCGCAACACUAUCAGCAGGCGGAAUGCCAUCGGCGCCCACGGCGGCAGCUACGCCAUCUACAAUGCCCUGGCCGUCGUGGCCGGCGAUCUCCCUCCCGACUUCCGCCCCGACUUCCUCAACACCCAGCCCACCUUCGACUUUCCCACACAGCCUGCCUGGCUAGACCCCACCAAGAUCGUCGCGAUGGAUCCCUUCGGCCAUGAUAUCGUCAAGCACUAUGGCAAAUACCUCGAGCAGGGCAUCGACGUGCGCCCGACGAUCGCCAUCACCCGGGCUUCGAUGCGCGUCUCUGAGAUCAGCGAGGCGGUCCAGAGUGGGAGACUGCCCGUCGACGGCGCGAUCGUCCAUUCGGAACAAGGCGAUGUCCGGGUAACCAAGGUCGCUGUCGAGCCCGUCUGGUAUCUGCCGGGUGUGGCCGCGCGAUUCGGUGUCGAUGAGGGCCUGCUGCGCCGCGCAUUGUUCGAGCACACCGGUGGGGGUUACCCUGAGCUGGUGACCCGAACAGAUCUGAAGGUGUUCCUACCGCCCAUUGGUGGUUUGACGGUGUACAUCUUCGGUCCGCCGGAGAGAGUAUCUGAUGAAAAGGUCAAGCUGGCCCUCAGAAUCCACGACGAGUGCAAUGGAUCGGACGUGUUCCAAUCGGAUAUCUGCACAUGUCGCCCGUACCUGGCAUUUGGUAUCGAGGAGGCGAUCAAGGAGGCGCAGAACGGUGGUUCCGGAGUGGUCAUCUACUUCCGCAAGGAAGGACGCGCGCUCGGUGAGGUGGUCAAGUACCUGGUGUACAACUCACGGAAACGAGGCGGUGAUACAGCAGACAAGUACUUCCAGCGGACGGAGAAUGUCGCCGGUGUCAAGGAUAUGAGAUUCCAAGCCCUCAUGCCCGACAUCCUGCACUGGCUGGGAGUUAAGAAGAUCGAUCGCAUGCUCUCCAUGUCGAAUAUGAAACACGACGCUAUUGUCGAACAGGGCAUCCCUAUUCUCGAACGUGUGCCAAUUCCAGAAGAAAUGAUCCCCGCCGACUCGCGAGUCGAAAUCGACGCAAAGAUCCAUGCGGGCUAUUUUACUACCGGCGACGCAGUCACGGAGGAGGACCUCAAGAACGUGAAGGGUCGUGGAUGGGAGUGCUGGGAAGAUACUACAGGACGCUUCAGCGAUCCCAGCGGAAAGAGACUGUUUUUGUUUGCGUAA